UCUUUAAAAACCCAGGGCAAAAUCCUGCCCCGAACUGUGGCCUGCGCCUACUCGCACUUUGCCUCUCUUCUCGGUGGACCCUCGGCGAUCGGCACGGAGAGGGGCCAGUGCUGAGAGCCCAGUCCCAGCCUGGCUACCACGGAGCCCUGCAGCCAAAAAGUUCCUGGUGCCACCCCUGACCUCCUCUCAGCACAGGGCAAGAAUGGGGGCGAUAUCUUCCAGCUCCCUCUUCUAUAGCUGUUUGACUGUGUUUGUCUUCCUGCCCUCCCUGAGCCUAGCACAGUAUGAGAGCUGGCCCUACCAGCUCCAGUACCCUGAGUACUUCCAGCAGCCGGCUCCCGAGUACCAUCAGCAGCGGGUGCCCUCUGAUGUGGUCAAGAUCCAGGUACGCCUGGCGGGCCAGAAGAGGAAGCAUAACGAAGGCCGUGUGGAGGUCUAUUAUGAAGGCCAGUGGGGCACCGUGUGUGAUGACGAUUUCUCCAUCCACGCUGCCCACGUUGUCUGCAGGGAAGUGGGGUAUGUGGAAGCCAAGUCCUGGACUGCCAGCUCCUCCUACGGCCCAGGGGAAGGGCCCAUCUGGCUGGACAAUAUCCACUGCACCGGCAAAGAGGCUACCCUGGCAGCCUGCUCCUCCAAUGGCUGGGGUGUUACCGACUGCAAGCAUACAGAAGACGUUGGUGUGGUGUGCAGUGACAAAAGGAUUCCUGGGUUCAAAUUUGACAAUUCAUUGAUCAACCAAAUAGAGAGCCUAAAUAUACAGGUGGAAGAUAUCCGGAUUCGGCCCAUCCUUUCUGCCUUCCGCCAUCGAAAGCCUGUGACAGAGGGCUAUGUGGAGGUGAAGGAGGGCAGGACCUGGAAGCAGAUCUGUGACAAGCACUGGACAGCCAAGAAUUCCCACGUGGUCUGUGGCAUGUUUGGCUUCCCUGCAGAAAAGACCUACAACCCCAAAGCCUACAAGACAUUUGCCUUGAAGAGGAAACUGCGCUACUGGCAGUUUUCCAUGAACUGCACGGGCACUGAAGCUCACAUCUCCAGCUGCAAGCUGGGCCCGCCGGUGUCCCGAGACCUUGUGAAGAAUGCCACCUGUGAGAACGGGCAGCCAGCUGUGGUCAGCUGUGUGCCUAGCCAGAUCUUCAGCCCUGAUGGGCCCUCAAGGUUCCGGAAAGCCUACAAGCCAGAGCAGGACCAUCUGUCUCUUCAGCAACCCUUGGUGCGGCUGAGAGGUGGAGCCCAGGUUGGGGAGGGCCGAGUGGAGGUGCUCAAGAAUGGAGAAUGGGGAACCGUCUGCGAUGACAAGUGGGACCUGGUAUCUGCCAGUGUGGUAUGCCGAGAGCUGGGCUUCGGGACUGCUAAAGAGGCUGUCACAGGCUCCAGGCUGGGGCAAGGGAUUGGACCCAUCCACCUCAACGAGGUCCAAUGCACAGGGACGGAGAAGUCCAUCAUAGACUGCAAACUCAACACAGAGUCGCAGGGCUGCAACCACGAGGAAGAUGCUGGUGUGAGAUGCAACAUUCCCAUCAUGGGCUUCCAGAAAAAGCUGCGUCUGAACGGAGGCCGCAACCCCUAUGAGGGCCGAGUGGAGGUACUAACAGAGAGAAAUGGGUCCCUUGUGUGGGGGACUGUAUGCGGCCAAAAUUGGGGCAUUGUGGAGGCCAUGGUGGUCUGCCGGCAGCUAGGCCUGGGCUUUGCCAGCAACGCCUUCCAGGAGACCUGGUACUGGCAUGGAAAUGUCUUCGCCAACAAAGUGGUCAUGAGUGGAGUGAAGUGCUCAGGGACAGAGCUGUCGCUGGCACACUGCAACCAUGAUGAGGAGGUGACCUGCCCUGAGGGUGGGGUGCGGUUUGGUGCUGGAGUCGCGUGCUCAGAAACUGCACCCGACCUGGUACUCAAUGCGGAGAUUGUGCAACAGACUGCCUACCUGGAGGACAGGCCCAUGUUCCUGCUGCAGUGUGCCAUGGAGGAGAACUGCCUCUCAGCCUCCGCUGUCCACACCAACCCCACCACAGGCCACCGUCGUCUUCUACGCUUCUCCUCCCAGAUCCACAACAAUGGCCAGUCCGACUUCCGCCCCAAGAAUGGCCGCCACGCGUGGAUCUGGCAUGACUGCCACAGGCACUACCACAGCAUGGAAGUAUUCACGUACUAUGACCUGCUGAGCCUCAAUGGCACCAAGGUGGCUGAAGGCCACAAGGCCAGCUUCUGCUUGGAGGACACAGAGUGCGAAGGAGACAUUCAGAAGAGUUACGAGUGUGCCAACUUUGGAGAACAAGGCAUCACCAUGGGCUGCUGGGACAUGUACCGUCAUGACAUUGACUGCCAGUGGAUAGACAUCACCGAUGUGCCCCCUGGAGACUACCUGUUCCAGGUUGUCAUUAACCCCAACUACGAGGUGCCAGAAUCAGAUUUCUCUAACAACAUCAUGAAGUGCAGAAGCCGCUAUGAUGGCUACCGCAUCUGGAUGUACAACUGUCACGUAGGUGGGGCCUUCAGUGAGGAGACUGAGCAGAAGUUUGAACACUUCAGUGGACUUCUAAAUAAUCAGCUCUCCGUGCAAUAAAGAAGACCCUGGGCCAGGCAUGAUGGCUCAUGCCUGUAAUCCCUGCACUCAGACUGAGGCAGGAGGAUUGCCACGAGAUUUCCACUCCAGACAUUAGACCACGCUUCUGUCUCGAAAAAAGAAAAGAAAAAAGACACAAGAGAGAAAGAAAAGAAAAAUGACUUAAUGGUCACCUACUCAUUCAGGUGACUGUGUCCCCUGCGGGGAAUACCAGUUGCCAUCUCCCGGCUAUCCAGAUCCAGCCGAGAAGAACGGUGCUCUUUCACCAGGCAUUGCUACUUGUCCCCGUCCUGAGGCCUCAGGGGCAGGGGCUUUGGCACAUGGCUAUGGGAACUGGCUGGCAAGCUAUGAGAGGUUCCCAUCCAAGUUUUGGCAUUUCCUAAUUGUCAUAUCACCAAGCUCUGCAUUUCUUCUAGAGAUGUGGCAAGUAUGAACUUAGCAACUGCAGAGGUGGUCAAGCCAGAUUCCAUUUUUUCCCCCUUUUAGGUUAUUUCUGGAAAACUUGAAUAUCAAGACCUCUAUAUUAAGUGUUUUUUUCUCAUUGUACAAACUUCUUGACAAAAUCAACUUGAGGAAGGAAGGCUUUAUUUGGACUCAUGGUUUGAGGACCCAGUGCCUCGUGGCAAAGAAGGCAUUGCAGCAGGAGCAUGCGGUAUCUGGUUUCAAACUCACGAUCUAGCUGAGGAUGACCUUGAACUUCUGAUCCUCCUGCUUCGGCCUCCAGAGUGCUGGAGAUGAAACCCAGGACUUCACACAUGUAAGGCAAUGUGCUCUUUAACAAUUAGAGCUGUUUCUCGGCACCCACCCUUCUCAGCACCCACCUUUCUCCGCUGCUGUAAACUUGUGCAUGUUCUUUUCCUUACCAAACUGUAUCUUUAUGCUCCUGGGGGGAAUACCAGUUGCUUUUUUUUUUUUUCUGUGGGCCUGAAUAAGAGCAGUGAGCAGAACCAUACCACAGCCUGAAUGUCAUCCCAUCUUAAAAUGUCCUCCGCCAAACAAAUUAGCCCAUCACUCUGACGAAUCACCCCAGUGCUCAGGACACAGGCAGGGUGCAGCUGGGUUCUUUCCAGGACAUAACACGGUUGGCCUCUAGCUCAGAUCCAGAUAGUCAGAUAGUCCUAGCGCCCCCAUUGAAACCUCAGGUAUCAGGCCUCUCUUGGCAUUCUGGUCUUCCAAACUCCCACCGGAAUAGCCCAUUCAGCUCUGUUCUCAACACUCUAGGGCUUUUCAGGCCCAAAGUUUCAAGAUCUUCCAGAUUCCUCCUGCAAACCUAUUCCCAGAGCUCAAGAACUCCGUGGCCAAGCUUAUCACAUUGAUGUCACCACUCACAGCACUAAUCUUCCUGUAUUAGUUACAUUUCUCGUUACUAUGACAAUACCUGACAACAGCAGUUUAAGGGAAGUUCAAGAGUUCAGUCCAUCACAGUGGGAAAGGCAUGGCGGCAGGUGCCGGAGGCAGCUGGUCACAUUGUAUCCAUAGUCAGGAAGUCCAUAGCUGGUCACAUUGUAUCUAUAGUCAGGAAGUCGAUUGGUCACAUUGUAUCGAUAAUCAGGAAGUGGAUUGGUAAAUGCGCCAGCUGGUCACAUUGUAUCAAUAGUCAGGAAGUCGAUUGGUGAAUGUUGGUGCUCCAUUUGCUUUCCCCUUUGUAUUCAACUUACAGCCCAUCCCGAGGAAUGGUGCUACUAGUGUUAGGGUGGGUUGUCCCUCUUCUAUUAAACCUCUUCUGGAAGCACCCUCAUAGACCCACCCAGAGGUGUGUUUUGGGGGUGCUUCUAAAUCCCAUCGAGGUGACAAUCAAGGUUCCCUAUCACAACCUGUUACACCAACUUCUGUAUUCUAUGCAAUUAUACCCACAGUUUAAAGUACAAUAGCAAGACUUACAUUCCAAGACUCCAAGGGGAUGACUGAAGAUUUGGAUGGUUCUGAGACAGGAUAGGAAGAGAAAAUCGUGGGGAACAUAGGAUGGGCCCUUCACCUCAGAGUCUGGUUGAAGCUCUUGCCAGCUGAGAAUGCUGACACUGAGCGUAUUGUGAAUGGUGCUAAUAUAGAGACAGUGUUCGUCUUAUAUAGAGAUAAUUCAAGUAAGAAUGUUAAAAUAGCAAGGAAUUAGGAAGUACAAAUGCCUUUCCUCCUUUUCCAGCUGUAAAUGGACAGUGUCCUAGAACUUCACCAGGAACCCCAUUUACAGUAAAAAGCAUAUCUCAAGACCCUCAUGACCCAUGGUUCCAUCUUAUCAGGGUUCAGUCCUAUCCAAGGCACCUCUGGAGCCACCCUAUAAUCUAUCAAGGGGAAGAGGUUGGGAGUGGGACUUAGAAACCCAUCAAUAAUACCAAAGGCUUCCAAACCCCUGUGUAUGGCUAGUUACUAGGACACUCAAGAACUGCUGUCCUUUGAGAAGCCCACAACCCAGCUCUCAGAUGUGCCUUACUCUCUCCCUGAGCACCUCUUAGCCCCUGUAACUUAAAUUUAUAUUUAAAAUAUUUUAAAUAAACUUUAACUCUGCUUCA